CGGCCGCGGGGCUGCGCGCGGGGGGCGAGCGGCGGCCGCGAUGUUCAGCUGGCUGGGCUCCGAUGACCGCCGGCGGAAGGACCCCGAGGUCUUCCAGACGGUGAGCGAGGGGCUCAAGAAACUCUACAAGACCAAGCUGCUGCCCCUGGAAGAGCAUUACCGCUUCCACGAGUUUCACUCGCCUGCCCUGGAGGAUGCCGAUUUUGACAACAAGCCCAUGGUCCUGCUGGUGGGCCAGUACUCCACUGGGAAGACCACCUUCAUCAGGUACCUCCUGGAACAGGACUUCCCCGGCAUGAGGAUUGGGCCCGAGCCAACCACUGACUCCUUCAUCGCUGUGAUGCACGGACAGGUGGAGGGGAUCAUCCCUGGGAACGCGCUGGUGGUGGAUCCUAAGAAGCCUUUCAGGAAGCUGAACGCCUUUGGCAAUGCCUUCUUGAACAGGUUCGUGUGUGCCCAGCUGCCCAAUCCCGUGCUGGAGAGCAUCAGCGUCAUCGACACUCCAGGCAUCCUCUCUGGGGAGAAGCAGAGGAUCAGCCGAGGGUACGACUUCGCGGCUGUCCUGGAGUGGUUCGCCGAGCGGGUGGACCGCAUCAUCCUGCUCUUCGACGCCCACAAGCUGGACAUCUCUGACGAGUUCUCUGAGGUCAUCAAGGCCCUCAAGAACCACGAGGACAAGAUGCGGGUGGUGCUGAACAAGGCGGACCAGAUCGAGACGCAGCAGCUGAUGCGGGUGUAUGGCGCCCUCAUGUGGUCCCUGGGCAAGAUUGUGAACACCCCGGAGGUGAUCCGGGUCUACAUCGGCUCCUUCUGGUCCCACCCCCUUCUCAUCCCCGACAACCGGAAGCUCUUCGAGGCGGAGGAGCAGGACCUGUUCAGAGAUAUUCAGAGUCUGCCCCGAAAUGCUGCCCUGCGCAAGCUCAACGACCUCAUCAAGAGAGCCAGGCUGGCCAAGGUUCACGCGUACAUCAUCAGCUCCCUGAAGAAGGAGAUGCCAUCGGUGUUCGGAAAAGAGAAUAAGAAGAAGGAGCUGGUGAACAACCUGGCUGAGAUUUAUGGCCGCAUCGAGCGGGAGCACCAGAUCUCCCCUGGGGACUUUCCCAACCUGAAGAGGAUGCAGGACCAGCUGCAGGCCCAGGACUUUAGCAAAUUCCAGCCCCUGAAAAGCAAGCUGCUGGAGGUGGUGGAUGACAUGCUGGCCCACGACAUUGCCCAGCUCAUGGUGCUGGUGCGGCAGGAGGAGACGCAGCGGCCCGUCCAGAUGGUGAAGGGCGGAGCGUUCGAGGGCACCCUGCACGGCCCCUUCGGGCACGGCUACGGGGAGGGUGCCGGGGAGGGCAUUGAUGACGCCGAGUGGGUGGUGGCCAGGGACAAGCCCAUGUACGACGAGAUCUUCUACACCCUGUCGCCAGUGGACGGCAAGAUCACAGGUGCCAAUGCCAAGAAGGAGAUGGUGCGUUCCAAGCUGCCCAACAGCGUGCUGGGCAAGAUCUGGAAGCUGGCUGACAUUGACAAGGACGGCAUGCUGGAUGACGAGGAGUUCGCACUGGCCAACCACCUCAUCAAGGUCAAGCUGGAGGGGCACGAGCUGCCCAAUGAGCUGCCCGCCCACCUGCUGCCCCCAUCGAAGAGGAAAGUGGCUGAGUGAUGGACGGAGGAGGUUCAGGGCAGGCAGGGGUUCGAGGAGAUGGGAGAGGAGGAGACGCACAUACACACACACACACACACACACAUAUGCACACACUCGCACACGCAGAUCUUGAGAACUGCACUGCAGCUGAGAGGCGCAGGGUCCCCCAGGCUUCCGGUCUGGUCUUUGGACACAUCUCCAAGUUCUCGGUAUUGGUAGAAGCAGAGGAGCGCUCCCAGGGCCCCAGGUUCAAGCCCAGAUCUCCAUGCUUCUUUCCUUCCCAUCUCCCACCACCCGGAGACCUGCCUUCUCCCACAGAGGCAGUUCGCUCGCCCAUGGGUGGCCCACCCGCCUCCACAUUCCUAUGCUCAGAGCAGAGGGAAAAGGCUUCUCGCUUAAUCGGCACUGCAUUGUUUUCAGUGCUGUCUCCCCCUCUUUGGCUUCCCCAUGGGAAGCAGUGCUCCAGGGCUGAGAGAUGCGAGGGAAGGGGCUGCUGCAGGGGGCAGGGGUGGGGGGCUGUAGAAGGAAGCAUCCUUGGCUGGGUCCCGGACUUGAAGAGACAUGGCCCUGAGCUCUGUGCUUCCUCAGGCUCAGACUCCGUCUGCCAGCGCAGACCAGUCCUUGAACCCUACCCCUACUUCAUGUCAAAGAAUCCCAGACCCGGAGAGAAAAGAGAACAAAUUAGCAGGGAAGAAGGCAAAGAAAUUGCCCGAAAUCCUCAACUCAAAGCCAGUCCAAGUGGCUUUGUUCCACAGAUUUUGUGAGGUUCAUGUUUUUCUCACCCAGCCCUGAUGCUCAGACCCUUCUGCCAUUGAUCCAGCCCCUCCCAUGUGCCGGGAGCUGUGGGGGGCGCUUCACAUACAUUAUCCCAUUUGGCCCUCACCAACCCCCUAGGAGGUAAGCCUCAGUCCCGCCCACUUUGCAGAUAAGGAGCUUGAGACUCAGAGGAGUUGAGGUGACCUUCCCAAAGUCACAGAGGUCACAUGCAGUAGACAGAGGAUUCAGAGCCAGAGCCUCAGACCCUUCCUUCUGCUGUGGCCACGCGUGCAGGAUCCCAGCAUUGCUAGCCAUUGCUAGCCACCGCCGCACCACAGGGAACAAGCUGAGCAUGCGGGGCACACCUCAGCCUCCCAGGGCAGGCUGCUGAGGGAGGAGGGCCAGCCGGCACUUGGUGCGCCAUCAGUCUGGCCAUCUGUCCCAUCACAGAAGCAAACCGUGCCAUCUGGCUACGCAGCCCACGUUCCUAAAAUCACAGAAGUCCGACAGCGCCACCGGGAGAGCGGGCUGGCCUGCCAGAGGCUCUUGGCGCCUGAAUCAUCCCAGCUCAAAUGCAGCCACUGGCUCUCAUCGCGUGGGACCUCGUGCCAGUUCUCAGAAGGCUAGCGUGAGGGGUCUGAGGUCUGGUCCCUGGCAGGAGCCCCGGCGACUCGGCAGCGUCCUUGGCAUACCCCAGCCAUUCUCGGUGCCCUACGCCCUCCUUCAUGGUCUCUCCCUUGGCUUGCUUUGUGGCCACUGAACCAAUCACUUUGUAUGCUGUACUCCUACUGUGAUGGAAAAUAGAAACAAGUAUAACUUAUUUUAUAUCUAUGUUCAGACUAUAUAGAGAAUAUUCUGUGUAUCUAUGAUAUGCUUACUACUGCAGUGCAUUUGUCAUUAGGAUUCAUGUUAAUACAGCACAUUUAUCCUUUGGUA